CUGCAUUCCACUCACAACAGACACAGGGACACACUCACAGUCUGGCUUUAGUGUCCGCGAGUGUGAAGAUCAGGGAAGAUCAAACCUCCUCUGGGUUGAUCCCUGAGCCUCAGUGUCUCCCCCUUCAAGGAUACAGCAGGGACACCAUCACAGUCCUCCUGCCAACCUCGCCACAGCCACAAUGUCACAAUUCUGUACAAUGCCAACUGGAGAGAGGAAGAAGAAUGCAGCAGCUAUUUGCCGAGAGGUCCAUGGUACCAGCGGGGACAUCAUGGAUCUCGGAAAGAAGCUCAGCACUCCUAAAGACAUCAUGUUGGAGGAGUUAUCACUGCUUUCCAACAGAGGUUCCCGACUUUUCAAAAUGCGCCAGAGAAGAUCUGAAAAAUACACAUUUGAAAGUAUUCAAAAUGAAGCAAACACGCUGCUGAAUAAUGAUUUGUUGAAUGAAAAUGCACACACAGUGGAGAUUAAAGUGGACGCACCCACUGAUGGAGAUGCUGCCAACGCAGACAACAUUGUUUCAGAUGCGACUGCAGAGAAGUUAAACGCCACAGCUAUGCACAAGUCCUACCACUCGCCAUGGGAGGAGGCCAUCCUCAGUGACCCUGACCUCGCUGAAACUGUCUCACUAAGAAUGCCAGCGCCAGACCCACGACCAGAGCUUCCUGAAUACAAAUGCUUUAACCGGGUCGCCACUCCUUACGGUGGCUUCGACAAAGCUCCAAGAGGAAUCACAUUCAAACUGCCCGAGGUGGACCUGAACCCCCCCAAAUUCCCGGAGCUCCAGGAGCCCGGGGUGAAGCGACCCACCUUCAACAGAACAGCCCAGGGGUGGAUAUCUGAGGGCACCCACCUGAUUCUACCCACCAUCACCCUGGAGCCCAUCAAAGUCCCAGAGUCUGACGACCUGUAGAUGAUUUAUCUGACAACGUGAUGCUGGCUGUGGUAUUUUUGGCUUGACCUAUGACAACAAAACAGUCAGUUUGUAGCACAGUUGCAAUCCCUGUACCACUAUUUGAGGUUUUUCCCAUGCGAUGGACACGAAAUGUUUCAUGUGUUUGUUCUGCUGUUAACUAGUAUGUUUACCACACACUGGAAUCCAAAGAAAAUCAUGUAAAUAGCAAAAGGAAUGUGUUGUCCAGGACAUUACAGAGGAAGAGUGUCCACCACUGCUGAAAACAAAACUGUACAUUUUAAACAUGUUCAAAUGAAUUGAUGAAAAUGUAAUGUAAAUAAAAAAAAUGUAGCUUUAGCAAAACUGGAA